UCGCUCAAUUUUUUUGCUUAACCUCAAAUCUCUUAUUUUUUCAAGACGAAUACUGCGUCUUAAUGUGAAAACGUGUCCGGAAGGCGGUGUAUUGGGUGUUGUUACGGUUGCCUUUACGCAGCUUCGUACCGAUGCCUGCCAUCACCGUACCUGGAUGAGACGCUCCUGCAUCCAGCUGUGUCCUCGCGCACAGUGCCGAAGAGUGUCAGGCGCGAGUCAGGACCAUACAUACCGGCAGCCGGAGAGCUCGUGCCUCCUCGUUAACCGUAACGGCUGGCUAAUAUCCACACAGGUGUCCCACGAGACCCGGUUAUAGCCUGGCGACGAGAAAAAGGGGGCACCGCAUCUGUUGCCUGGGUGAAUUCAUUAACACGUUAGCAUCCAGCUAGCUAGCUAUCUUCAAGGUACCUGGCACAACGAGGUGUAAGUUGCACCGAAAAUCACGAAUGUCAUCUCGGUUUUCCAGCGGACAGCGCUCGACAUGAAGCUUCGGUAAAUAGCGGUUUCGGUUACGGGGCGAUAUAUUAACGUUACGUCCUGAAAAGAGUACGGUCCGUAAAGGUGUAGCAAUGGGUUUGAUGUAAGGCUAAGGAGCUAACGGGAGCUAGCAGGCUAGCUUCAUGGAGAGUCAGUUGUAGCUCUGCGGCUGCUGCAGAGAGUAGCUCGGAGCUACACACCCUGCUAGCUAACAUGGAGUGUUUGUUUCCCACUAAGCCUGAAGCUGUCUCACAUAGAUAAAUACAAUGACAAUUCUGGAUUCGAUAGUCAGCUAGAAGGCCGACGCGACAAUGGAGUCUUUCCUGCAGAUAGCUCCCCACUCCCUGGCCAUAGUGCUGUCCAGGGUCGGGGCUGGGGAGGCGGUGGGGGCCGCCGGGGUGUCAGAGAGCGACGCGCUGCCGAGACACCACACCGGCUAUGAGAUUUUCGCCGAUUUCAAAGCAGAAAACACCCAGCAACAUGUGUGGAACCAGAGGAUUACCGAGGCUGUGUCCGAGACCUUUUUCCUGGGAUGGAUAGACGAGCAUGUGCUGUUGAUCCAGGGGAAGGAGGACCACCUGGAGGUGCUGAGGGAGGGAUGGAUGCGGAGGUCCCUCAAUCCGCCGCGGGGAUUCACCAUUAAGUACCUGGGUGAUGUGUCACCCAUCAGUAUGUCCCCCAUCAGCCAAUCGCAGUUCAUCCCUUUGGGAGAGGUAUUGCUAUUGGCUAUCUCUGCUAUGAACUCCGCCCACAAGCCUGUCACUCAGGAGGCCCUAACUGAACACUUGCAGACAUGUUUUCCAGGUGUUCCCACACCAACGGAGGAGGUCCUGCACCACACGCUUGGCAUGCUGGUGCGUGAGCGGAAGAUCUACCCAACGCCCGACGGAUAUUUUAUUGUUACCCCUCAGACUUACUUCAUCACUCCGAGCCUAAUCCGAACCAGCUCCAAGUGGUACCACUUAGACGAGCGGUCGGCGGAGCGACACCAACAGCAGCAGCAGCACCAGAACCAACAGCAGCAUCAGCAGACGCAGUGCACCUCCCCUCUCUCCGGCACCAUCACACCGUCAACUUCCGGAGCUGUGCGAGACCGAACGCACCCCAAGUCCAGCCAAAACCACAGCGGGGGAGGGGGAGGAGGUGGGGAUUCUUUUUACAACAACAGUUACCGUGGCGACGACCCCCCUAGCCACCACACCACCCUGCAGCGUAGAUCUCCCAAAGACCACCGGGAGGCGUACUCGUCCCCGCAUUCCCCCCAAACACCUCCUCAGCAAGCAGGAGGCAACACAGAAAAGAGUCGCAGCACUCUUGGGUUCCCCUUCAAGACGGAUACGCUCACCAAACACCGAGGUGGGGGAGGAGCAGGAGGAGGAGGAGGGGGAGCAGGAGGGGGAGGGGGAGGAGGAGGAGGAACUGGAGAGAUAGAAAAACAAGCAGGUGGAGGAAGUGGUACAGGAAGUCGGAAAUUUGGUUUGAAGCUGUUCCGUCUGAGCUUUAAAAAGGACAAGGCCAAGCAGCUGGCCACCUUCUCCGCCCAGUUCCCCCCGGAGGAGUGGCCCCUGCGCGACGAGGAGGCACCCAGCCAGCUGCCCCGCCACGUAGAGAUGGAAAUCAUCCGCAGAAUCAACCCUGACCUCACUGUGGAGAACCUCGCUCGGCACACCGCAGUUAUGAAGCGCCUCGAAGAAGAGCGUGCUCAGAGAAGCAAAGCGUCAUCAGCCAAUCAGAGCUCCAGGAGUAGGAGGAGUGGGGGCCGUCACAGGAAGCAGUCACAGACCAAAAUCAGUCGCUCACACAGCAAGACGAGGGCAUCCCGCGGCGAGCCGAGCGACGGUUCCCAUCUGGAGUUGGCCGACAGGGACUACAGAGCCUACUCCUCCUCGCUGGCCCGCUCACCACGGGAACACGCCCUUGCCAUGGAGCGGCAACGGGCCCGCCUUCACCUGGCGCACAGCAACCCUAACAUCCUUGACUCCUCACACCUGCCUGUCACGCCAGAGUGGGACGUGUCCGGAGAGCUCGCCAAACGGCGCACAGAAAUGCCUUUCCCCGAGCCAAGCCAUGGCCCCUCAGCCCACCACUCCAAAGUCCACCGCUCGCACUCCCACACCCAGGAGAGGAAGUCCAGGAAUGAACGCAGUGACAAGGCCAAGGAACGCUCCAGAUCCAUGGACAAUUCCAAAGGACCACUCGGAGCAGGAUUGAUCGGACCACCUGAUUAUUACGACGACCGAAGCCGUUACUAUACCGAUGAUGGCACCUUGCGAGCCAAUCAGAGCUCUUCUCACUACUCUCGUGCCACGCCCCCCUCAGCUAAGCUACCUGUGGAUGCUCUAGGGUUGGAUGGCGGCAGGAGUUUAGAGAAGAGUAAGAGCAGGGACAGCCUGCCCGCCUACUCACCCAAACUACUGCCCACCGCCGUACCCCCUGAUGAUUACUUCCAAUGCGCCGGUUCCUCUGAGGCUGCUCUCACUGCAGCAAACCCGCUGGGCACUCUGGGUAAAAGUAGCCAUGAUGGAUUAAAACUGAGCAGCACUGACAGACAAAUGGACAGACAGACACCCCAUCCUCUAGAAAGUAAGGAGGACUUGUCAAAGGUGGGACCUAAGGGAGGCAGCUUGCCUCCAAUACCCCUCUCUCUCCCUGAUCCCCCACUUUCUAAUGGACGACCUCCCCACAGUGCCUCCUCUGGUCAGGAGAAACGUAAGGAGAUCUUUAGUAAAGACACACUCUUCAAACCUCCUCCCAGCCUCCCUUUGCCCGGCUACAGCUCCCUUAGAAAACCCCCAGCCCUCGCUUCCUCCACUCUGUCCUCGUCCUGCGAUGCACUUGAUUCCCAGGAGGCCUUUGAUGCUCCCAAACCUCUGGUGGCAACGCCGUCUGCCCCUCCACAGGGGAUCGAACCUACCACCAGUGCUGCAGAGGCCUCCUUCGACUACUACAACGUCUCAGACGAUGAUGAGCUGGAGGAGGGGGGGAGCAAAAGUCGAGGAGAGGACGAGAAGGCUGGAGGAGGUGUUGUUGGGAUGGGAGGAGGAGGAGCGGGGACCAUGCAGUGGCUGCUGGAGAGAGAGAAGGAGAGGGAUCUACAGAGGAGGUUUGAAAGAACCCUCACCUUCCCUGGUGCUAAAGAGAACCUUCCAGAGCCCAGUCAGAACCAGCAGUCAGCCCACUCUGCCAGACUGGACAGUAUGGACUCCAGCUCGGUCACUGUAGACAGUGGAUUCAACUCACCACGAACAAGGGAGAGCCUAGCAUCUAACACCUCUUCCAUAGUGGAGAGUAACCGUCGGCAGAACCUGGCACUGAGCCCCGGCCACCUCGGCAUCACUACCGGCAACGGCCCCCCCUUCUCCUUCCGUGCAAUCCCAGAACCUGCCGGCACCCAACCGGAGAAACUCCAGAAGCCCAGCGCUUGCCUUGCGUCAAUCACCAGCGUUUAGGGGCAGAACUAAGGGCUGGGUGGAGUGCCGAGAGCCAAUGGAGAGAGGCCAGAAGACAAAAGUCCGACCCCCAAGGACUGUUACAUCUUAGACUGACUGAUCAGUGGAGCUGCCACAGACCCACUGUGGAACUAUAGCUAUUAACACACACACACACACACACACACACACAUAUACACUUGGACAGAUACAAACAGAGAAAUUUAAACUACCAGGAAACUGCUGUCAUCUCACAAACACACACACACCCACACACACAAACACACACACAGAAACAGACAUAUACACACCAGGCCACUGGGCAGACUCUGACCAUGUCAUUCUACAGCCUCUAGUUUACACACUGCUGUUGUGUUGUUUCACUUUCACGUGGGUUCUAGUGUGUGUG